UUGCCACAUGCAGCAUUGCAGUAAAACAACUCAUCACAGUAUACACAACUUCCUCAGAGUGACCAUGGCUGUGUAUAACGUAAAGGUGACAACAGGUGAGAUGGAACACGCAGGAACGUGGGACCACAUCUACGUCACAUUAAUUGGAACUAAAGGACAGAGUGAGCGAACCGAGUUGGACAACUAUGGCACUGACUUUAAAGCUGGGGAUACAGCGACCUACACUGUCAAAACCAACUCGUCUUUGGGUAAAAUUCUGUUGGUCAAGGUGGAAAAAGAUCCUUAUAUUCUUCUACCAAUUGAAGAUCAGUGGUACUGCUCCAAAAUAGUGGUGACGACUCCAGAAGGAGAUGAAAUCCUUUUCCCCUGUUACUUAUGGAUGUCCAGGGGUGACAUACUGGAGCUGAGAGGAGGAAAAGCCACUAAGGUUUUUGAAGACGACCACCCUGUGUUGACCGAGCACCGGAAGAAACAGCUGACACAGAAAAAGAACAUCUUCAAAUGGAAAAUUAUGGAUGACAGAAUUCCCCACCAUUUCGAUGACACAAAAGAUCUCCCGGCUGAUAUCAAGUUCUCCGAGUCCAAAUCAAGUGAAAUCUUUUACACAAAAACAUUCACUGGACUUGAACUCAAGUUUAAGGGACAUUUUGGAUCUACAAAAAACUGGGAGAGCUUUGAAGACAUGAAACACAUAUUCUGGUUCAAAGAGACAGACAUGUCAGCUUAUGUUGAAGAGCACUGGAUGGAGGAUGACUUCUUUGGGUACCAGUUUCUGAACGCAACCAACCCUAAUGUGAUCAAGCGCUGCUCAGAGCUUCCACCAAACUUUCCAGUCACGGAUGAGAUGGUGCAGCCAUUCCUGGAAAAGGGUAGCUCUCUGCAGAAGGAAAUACAGAAAGGCAAAAUAUUCAUUUAUGACCAGAAAAUGAUGGAUGGGAUACCCCCUAGAAUGAACAAUGGUGAACCUCUGCCUGUGACACCUGGUUUAUGUUUGUUCUACGUAAACCCAGACGACAAACUGAUGCCAAUUGCAAUACAGUUGCAACAACAACCUUCUGAGAAGAACCCCAUUUUUCUGCCCAGUGACUCAAAGACAGACUGGACGCUGGCAAAGAUGUUCAUCAAAAAUGCAGAUUUAAUGGAUCAUCAGUCAGUCCAUCACCUCAUGAAGACCCAUCUGCUUGCAGAGGCCUAUUGUGUUGCAACUCACCGCUGCCUUCCUGUGGUUCACCCAAUUUACAAGCUGCUGAUCCAACACUUUCAGUACACCAUUCAGAUAAACUCAUUAGCACGCAAGAUUCUGUUAGGACCUGAUGGACCGUUAUCCAUGAGUUCACUUGGAUUCGAUGGACUGGUGGAGCUCAUGAGAAGGAGUCUUCCUGAAGUUACCUUCAGCUCCCUCUGUCUGCCAGACAACAUCGCUGCAAGAGGACUGGAGACUGUGCCCCAUUUCUACUACAGGGAUGAUGGUCUGAAGCUGUGGGACAUCAUCAACAGAUUUACCAAAUCAAUGAUUGAGAUCUACUACCAGUCAGAUGAUGAUGUACGCAAAGACUCUGAGCUGCAGGACUGGAUCAGUGAGAUCUUCACCCAUGCUGUGUUGAAGAACAAAGCCUCAGGGUUUCCAGAAAGCUUCAGUAACAUUGAUGAAGUUGUCAGGUUUGUUACCAUGGUGAUCUUCAGCGUGUCUGCUCAACAUGCUGCCGUCAACAACGGGCAGUUUGAGUUCUAUUGGGUGCUCAAUGCAUCGCUCCUCCUGAUGAAACCUCCUCCAACCGUCAAAGGCCAAUCAAGCAUGGAGACAGUUUUGGAAACCCUCCCAAACAUUGGGCGCUCCGUCAAAUUUGCAGCCCAGGCGUGGGUGCUCUCACAAAAGUACACAGACAUAGUCAUUUUGGGCCAGUACCCAAAAGAACGAUUUGAUGACCCUGAGCCCAAGAAGAUCAUUAAGAGAUUCCAAGAUGAAUUGUCCCUCCUCAGCAAAGCUAUUAAAGGAAGAAACUCAAAGCUUGAAAUUCCUUACACUUAUCUGGACCCGGAUCAGAUAGAGAGCAGUAUAGCUAUUUAAAGAAACCUGAGGGGGUUACAGAUGCAUGAGCAGGAUGGAGUUGACAGCAUGAAACUGUUUGGAUUUAUAUUUUGUCAUUUCUUGUCAGUUACAUUCAUGAAUAUAAUCAAGUGUAAAUAUUAAAUUUCUUCCAGUUACCGUACUUUCCGAGCUAUAAGGCGCACCUGACUAUAAGCCGCAGGUGUCCACGUUGUGACAUGAGAUAUUUACACAGAAAGAUGGUAAACAGAAAGAUUAUUUGAAUAUUUAUUUCCAUCCCUUCACUGCUUUUUUCCAAACAGCGCCUGGAACACAGCAGUAAAACGGCAGGAACACGGCUGAUUAACCAAAAAAAAAACAAAAAAAAAAACCAGAAAAGUCAUUGAUCCUAUCUUCGUCUUCCUUCUGCGCAUUGAAAC